AUGGAGCGCAACGUGGGACUUUGGCCCCACAUUCAUGGUCAGGGGUUCGAGUUGCGCCGUACAUAUGCAGAGAAGAUCUCUGAUCCUUCAAAUAUAGCUGCGCUUAUGCGGGCAUUCCUAUUGGCCCAAAUAUGUCCUAUGAACCGCCGUGCCUUGUUGGUACAGCAUGUGGAUUUUGCCACGGCCAAUAAGUUUUAG